GCUUGCAAACGUGAUGUUAAGUUAAUGAAAGAGUUGGGUUUUAAUGUCAUACGUGUUUAUGAGUAUCCAAACACAUUGGGAUUUUUUGCUGGUAAUGAAGUCACGAACAAUAAAUCUAAUACAGAAGCGAGUUCAUUUGUUAAGGCUGCGAUAAGGGACAUUAAAGAAUAUAUUAGGGUGAAUGCAAAAAAGAACAAUGGACGAAUUAUACCAGUAGGAUAUUCCAGCAAUGAUGAUCAAGACGUUAGAAUUCCAUUGAAAGAGUAUUUUAAUUGUGGAAAUAAGAGUGAGCAGGCGGAUUUUUACGGAGUAAAUUUAUACGAAUGGUGUGGAGAUAGCACUUUUGAAACUUCUGGAUAUGCAGAUAGGACCGGAGAAUUCGUCAAUUAUAACAUUCCUGUUAUUCUUUCCGAAUAUGGUUGCAAUAUUGUAAUUCCUCGUCAAUUCACCGAAGUUUCAACAAUCUAUGGUUCACAAAUGACUUCAGUCUGGUCAGGCGGAAUAGUUUAUGAAUGGUCACAAGAAAGUAAUUCAUAUGGUCUUGUAGAAAUUGAUAAAGACGGUAAUGCCAAAAAAUUGCAGGACUUUAAAAACCUUCAACAGCAAUUUUCUAAAAUAAAAAUUCCGUCGAGUGGCACGUUACUAAUGGACUCUUACACACAAAAAAAUAAUGAAUCUUCAAAGUGCCCUCCUCAAUCAGAAAAUUGGAAGGCGACUAUGAAUCUACCACCAACUCCUAUGAAGAAUGUUUGUGAAUGUAUGGUCUCUUCACUUUCUUGUGUUGCGUCAUCGAAGGUUAUGAAUGAUCAAAGAUUAAUUGAUGAAAAUUUUAGACUAAUUUGUGGAAUGGUCAAAUGUGAUGAUAUUAAUGUUGACGUCAGUUCGGGUAAAUAUGGUGCUGCUAUAAUUGUUAAAAAUGAAAAGAAUAAAGGAAAUUGCGGUGAGAAUAAAACUAGCAAUGAUAAUCCUAAUGUUCCAAGUGAUAACACAGUUAACAGUGGUGACGAUAAAAAGAAAAGCGAUGCGACUGCUUUAAAGAACUUUGGAAACUUUAUGGGAAAACCCUUCACUCCUC